UUAAGCUAAACUACUAGUCGGCGAGAAGAAGGAAUCGGAGUAGACGCAAGCCCACGCGAAUCCCCGAACCCAAUCGGAGCGACGAGAGGAACAAACCGGCCGACGAGGGGAAGGAAGAAGGCCCGCCACGGCGAUGCAGACGCAGAGGUCACCGGCGAUGGUGGGGGGAGGGCCCGGGUCGGCGGUCGGGUCGCCGUCCCCGGCGACGGUGCCGGUGAGGCGGCGCUGCGAGGGCACGGCCAUGGGAGCCGUCACCCUCGACCUCCGCCCCGGCCUCGGCGUCGGCCCCUUCACCCUCGGGAUGCCGAUUUCCGAUGCAUUUGCGCAGAUUGAACACCAGCCAAACAUUUACGAUGUUGUCCACGUGAAGUACUUCGAUGAGGAGCCUCUAAAGUUGGACUUUGUCAUAAGCUUUCCGGAUCACGGGUUUCACUUGCGCUUUGAUCCUUGGUCGCAGAGGCUCCGGCUCAUUGAAAUUUUUGAUGUUAAGAGACUGCAAUUGCGUUACGCAACGUCUUUAAUUGGCGGUCCAUCGACGUUAGCCACUUUUGUGUCUGUUUAUGCUCUAUUCGGACCAACUUUCCCUGGGAUAUAUGACAAAGAGAGGGGCAUGUAUACCCUCUUCUAUCCAGGCUUAUCAUUUGCAUUCCCUAUCCCCAGUCAAUAUACAAAUUUCUUCAACAAUGGGGAAGUGGCAGAUUUGCCCCUGGAGUUUCCCGAUGGAACAACUCCGGUUACGUGCCGUGUUUCUAUAUAUGAUAGCUCAACAGAUAGCAAAGUUGGUGUUGGGUCAUUGAUGGAUAAGGCGGUUAUUCCUGCCUUACCCGCGGGCAGCCUAUAUAUGGAGGAAGUACAUGCAAAGCUUGGUGAAGAGCUUUGGUUCACUAUUGGGGGCCAGCAUAUUCCUUUCGGAGCAUCGCCACAGGAUAUCUGGACCGAGUUGGGUCGUCCAUGCGGUAUCCAUCAGAAGCAGGUGGACCAAAUGGUUAUACACUCUGCAUCCGACCUCCGUCCUCGGACUACUCUUUGUGGAGACUACUUCUACAACUAUUUCUCACGUGGCAUAGAUAUCUUAUUUGAUGGUCAGACUCAUAAGAUAAAGAAGUUUGUUUUACAUACAAACUUCCCUGGUCAUUCUGAUUUCAAUUCGUACAUGAAAUGCAACUUUGUUAUCUAUGAUGCUGAAGGGGGACAGCAGCCUACUGGUAACACUUCCAAGAAUUGCAUAACACCCCGAACAAAGUGGGAACAAGUCAAGGAGAUCCUUGGCGACUGCGGUCGAGCAGCAAUCCAGACACAGGGCUCGAUGAAUAACCCGUUUGGAUCAACUUUCGUCUAUGGAUACCAAAAUAUUGCUUUCGAGGUGAUGAAAAAUGGAUAUAUCGCCACCGUUACCCUCUUCCAGUCAUGAGUAGCGUAGUUGCACCUGAUGUACGCGGCAUGCAAAGUCUGAAGCAUGCCCCCUUGUUACGUUGUAAAUUAACCUGUAUAUCCCACUCAUUGUACAGGAUGUGCGUUCCUGGGGUCUCUCUGUAAAUAUCAUUCCAUCAGUACCAUUUAUCGACUAAUUAAUCAUGUGCGCCCAUUC